GCACUAUUGCAUUUAUUCUGUGAGUUUACGUGACGACUUUCUCCCCCUGUAGGCGAUAGAUUCCGGAAAACUGGAGUGAGAAAGAAUUUCAGUUGUUCAGCAAUUAUUUACAAGAAAAUUCUGCUAAAAGGUACAGCUUUUUAAACUACAAGAUGGAAAAGUCGAGGUCCUUCCAAAUAGACUUGGACGAGAAACUCGGCGUAUAUACACCUGGACAAUCUGUCACUGGAAGAGCAAUCAUUGAUCUGGAAACAGAUAUGGAAAUACGUGAAAUUAGAUUAACGUUCGACGGAACAGCUCACGUAUCUUGGGCCGAUGAUGAAAACUACACCUACAAGGGCCACCAAAAAUAUUUUGAUGUAACAAUAUGUGUAUUUGGGAAAGGUUUGGUGGGAGGUGAUUUACACCGUUUGCCCCCGGCACAACAUGUGUUCCCUUUCACGUUCGUGUUACCUCUCCAGUUGCCGUCUUCCUUCGAGGGAGAACACGGGUACGUUCGGUACAAAGUAGAAGGAAUAAUAGACCGACCCCGGAAAUCCAAUCUACGCAGUGUUAGGCCUUUCACUGUCUUAACAACAUUAGACCUGAAUCUAGAACCAGCAGUUGCUAACGGUAUAGAAAUUCAGAACUCGAAAGACCUUUGCUGUCUAUGUUGUAAAUCAGGGCCUAUCGUGGGAACGUUGAAACUUAAUAGAACUGGAUAUGUUCCUGGGGAGUCAAUUUAUUUCGAAGCAAGUGCUCAGAAUAAUACCAGCCGGGUUUGUAGUAUGUAUGCUGAUCUACAAAUGGUCACAAACUACACUGCCUACUUGCAAGGAAGGAAAAGCACAAUGACAUUACCGAAAGUAAUCAAUCGUAUUAAGCACCAAGAUUUGCCUCCUGGUCAGUCAGAGGUUUGGAGUGGAGAUAGGUUUGUGAUUCCGCCUCUGGCACCUUCUUACCUGGGAGGGUGCUCUCUCAUCAAGAUCAAAUAUUUGGUAACGCUUUCAAUAAACCCCUCUGGACCGUCGUUCAACUUACAAAUCCCAGCUGAAGUUAUCAUAGGAACAAUUCCACUGCAAUCCGUGGUACAGCAAUUUCAACAGGCAAAUUCAACAACUCAGCCAUCCGCUCCACCAUUAAUGCCUGAUCCUAGCUUCACUGAGUCGAUCUGGGGCCCUACCAACAUCGGGAGGGACGAGGGGGGAGAAAACGGACAGAUAUAUGGACAACUGGAAUUUACUCCCAGAUACUCGUUUUACAAGCGGUAGUUGGUUACACGUCGUGUAUAUGAACACUGAGGUAUUCCUCUGCCUUGAAGAGAAAGAAAAUAAGUACAUAUUUAGAAUUCAAAUCCAUUCAGUUUUUGGUUGUCUUUCUGUUAUAUUUUUAAUUUUUCUUGAUUGUGUGCCAUAUACAUAUGUGUAA